AAUCUGCUUAAACCACCGAUCCCCCUCUUCGUCGUCGACGAUCACUUUAGCACCUCCGUCGUAUGUUGAUUCGUUACUGGAAUUUUCUUCAGAAUUGAUUUCCACAAUCUCUGAGCUGAAGAUACUUAAGAGUUUGGAGUAAAGAUGCCUCACAGAACAAGGCCUUUGAUGGGACUGUUGCUUUUCACUGGAAUAAACGCUGUUUUGGUGCAAACGAUUACUCCAGUCUAUGACUUUGUGUGCUUCUUGCCUUACUGGGAGAGACGGAGAGAACGAAUCCGGCAGGAGCGUGAAGCUGCGGCUGCCUCAUUAAGCAGCACAAACUCAACAUAGAAAGCCACUCAAGCAUCUGUUGGAUGAUGAACUCUCUGCAUCUUCUCAAUCUCUCAGUUCAGAACUUUCUCUCUGUAAGAAACUGUUUACCUCUGUGACUGAGGACUGAAUAAUCGAGAGCACGAGGAAGGCAUGUUUACAUUUCUCUGGUCUGAACUUUAGAUGUAUUAGUACCAAACCUUUGACCUUUCUGGGUUGUUUUCAGAAGCGUGUGUUAAUUGUAGAUACUUUCAAAGUUUCAAAGAUUCUGAUCAUUACCAAGAACCCUACAUGUUUUUUGAUAA